AUGAAGACAAGGUAUAACGGACACACCGACAGGUGGGGGCUGUGGCAGGUUCGGUCAGAGGCACUUAGGGCCUGCAGAGUGCCUAGUUCUGUAGCUGCAUGGAAGGGUAUGGGUCCCUGUGGCUGCCAUAAGCCACCAUCCUUCGCCGUGCCCUCGUGUUGUGGAUAUCUAGUCCUGUUUUUCUGCCUCGUUUUCAUUUCAGCUGAGGGCAGCCAUCAAACUGGGGACUGCCAUGUAGAGAGAUGUACGAACGAGUAUGGCAAGCACCAGCCGGCCCUGGACACCAACACUGGACACCCUCAGGAGGCAGCUGACAGCCACACAACAUGCGCUGCUCUGAGAAACUACGGCCAUUGCCUGAACAGGACCGUCGGUUGCCACGGCAACAUCUUGUACCAUUCGCUCAGAAACUACGUGCGUCAACAGAUGGAGGCCAACAACUGCAGCGAGCAGGCUCUGGAGAUGUUGGAUCGUAACUCUAGCAGCAAGAUGCGACAGACAGUUGUCCCUGCCGCGUGCACGUAUAAAGGUCAGAAUACCUACAGACACUGUGGCCUUUUUGGCGAUCCUCAUUUACGGACAUUUUAUGACGUUUUUCAAACGUGUAGAAUUAAGGGGGCCUGGCCUCUGGUCAACAACGACUACCUCACUGUGCAGGUGACUAAUGACGCAAUAGAAGGUUUUCCUCAGGCCACCGCAACCAGCAAGUUGACUGUUAUUGUGAAGGGAAAUCCUGAGUGCACGUCUGCAGACUUUCAGACAUACCAAGCACAAACCAACUCACUGCCAGGUACCUUCGAUGACGGUCGCGUCACUGUGGGAGCCUAUGACAGCUUAGAACUCAUAGAAGUUGAUCCAGGAAAGCACAUCGAGAUCCAUAUCCGGUAUAUUAGCACUGUGGUGGUUGUAAGGCAGAUUGGGCGUUAUUUCACCUUCUCCAUCAAGAUGCCCGAAGAUCUGGUUAACAAGAGUAGCUUAAGCCCCAACCUGCAGCUUUGUGUCCGCGGAUGCCCACAAGUUGAACUCGUCAACUACCAAGAAUAUCUGGCCACCAGACAAUACUCGCCAUCUGUUCAAGAUGUUGCCAGCCUACAAGUGGGCCUGGAACCAAGGCUUACAAUAACGCGCUCUGAUGCUGAGGAAAUGUGCAAGGAAACAAAGUCUAUAGAUGUUUACUUCGAUUCAUGUGUGUUUGACAUCUUGCAAACUGGGGAUGUGAACUUUACCCUCGCGGCCAUGACCUCCUUGAUGGAUGUCCUUAAACUGCAUCCUUCUGCUGCUCGGACAUUGGUCAACGGUUCUUAUUUAGAAAAAUAUGAGAAACAAUAUGUGAACAAUCAAGGAUGGGUACGGCAAGCAAGAACCGAAUAUAUGAGUGUGUUUCUUUUAAUAUUAACUUUAUUAGUUCAUGUGAUUUGUUCAAGGUGA